UGAGGAAGCAAAAUCUAUGGCUGCUGCAGUUACAUUAUGUAAAGCUGCUUUUUCAAACUGCCGUAGGUUUGAGGAUGAAGUUGCAGGAGCUAUCCAUGCAUGCAGUGUGAGUACUGAUGGUUUAAAAAGUAAACUAAAGAGUUUAGCAGCAAACACAGAUGCAGUCACCAAAGCAAAGGACAAGAUCAAUGCAAUCAUAAAUAGUAGACAGAUGGUAUCAAGACAAGCACCAGCUGCCAGUUGUGCAGAAAUCAUUUCAAUAUCUGCAGAACUACUUGUACUUAUUGGACAAGCACCUGCAUCUCCCAGAGUAGCACUAUUGGCUGUUUCAAUUUCUACCACAACAGCUUCCUGUUCAGCUGCUGAAAAAGCAAGCUUGAAAGAGUCAGCUGCAAGUUUUGAAACAGCUCUGGCAGCUAUUGCUUCUGAAGUAGCUGCAGCUCAAGCAACCUUACUACAGGCUACAGGAAGUACGGCAUCAGCAGCUGAUAUUGUUGCUGCUCCAUCAUGUGCUACUGACACCUGUGCACCACCUUCUGUAGUUGAAACAACUGUAGCUCCUGCAACCACUACUCCUGCUACAACAAUGACUACCCGUGCUCCAACAGCUACUAAUGCUCCAACUGGUAGGAGGAGAAGACAGGUUGUAGAAGAUAUCCUGAAGAGCAAACUUCUUUAAAUGUGUAGAAAAACAUUUAUAAACUGGACAAUGAAUACUGAAUAAUGGACCCAUAUUGUCUAAAUAUUAAAUUAUGAUUGAUAAUGUAUAAACUUUGGCAGAAGUCUUUAUUUGACAUAAAGGCAAUUAUUUAUUUGUAAUCUUUUAAUAUGUAACCUGUACUACAAAGACUAAAGGACACCUUAUAAAAUGUUAUCUGGUAUCACAAAUUGUUCAAGCUAGUAAUUUUAUAUGACAUGCUUUACCUGAAAUACAUGCAUUAAAAUUGUUAA